UUGUCAAUUCCAAUACACGUAAAAGAUGACGAUGCUGGUAAUGACUUUGAAAUGAUAAAUGGUGUGCAGCCUGAAAUUGGAAAAGAUUUUCCAAAACGUGCUACCAGUAUUGUGGAAUUGGAAGAAAAGUUGCAGAAAAUUAAAUCACAAAACAAUUUUCAUUUAAAGAGCAAAUUAGCCAAAAAGAGUAUUAAUAGCAAACUGAAUAAGAAACUUAAGAAAAAGGAAAGAUCUAAUAAAACCAAAGUUAAAGGUCCAUUAGAUUUUCAAAGCAAUACUAAACAAGAGAAAAUUGACAAAGUAAAUGCAAAUAUUUCUAAACCAAUCUUUAAUAAUGAAGGCAAAUUAGUAUUUUCCAAGUUUGAUUUUGCUAAUUUUGGUAAAAAAGAUAAAGGAGCGAAAGUACAUAAAGAUCCUAAGAAAAUAUUGGAAGAUAUGAAGCAACAAGAGAACAAAUUUCGGCAAUUAGAAGAAAACGACAGUGUUGAAAAAGUUAAAGAAAUAAAGGAAAAGAUUGCAUGGAAAAAUAUACUUCAGAAAGCAGAGGGACAAAAAGUCAAAGACGAUCCGAUUUUGUUAAAAAAAUCAAUCAAAAGAAUGGAACAAAAGAAAAAAGUAAGUAAACAACAGUGGGAGAAUAGAAUCAAGAAUGUUGAACAAAAGAAAGAAGAACGACAGAAGAAAAGAAAGGAAAAUAUUUCCAAAAAGAAAAAAGAGAAGAAAACGAAAAUUGUAAAAACAGCUAUGAAAAGAGGAAGGGUUGUUAUAUAG